UAGGCUCCAUGCCCGGUGUCCUCGAACACAUACGCCUACCCUGGAGAAGGCCUGCCAGCUGACGUUACGGCCUCGCUGGCUUCAUAUGCGCAGGCGCUACGCCGCGCGCGCCUCACCCCAGGCGCGGGCAGGCACUUUCUCCGCGGCAGCUGCCGUUUCUCGACACUCCUGCCACCCAGGGAUCUCUUGCCACCCAGGGAGCGCUGGAGCGUUGGAGACCACUGGACCGGCGUGCCUGUCGUGCCGUGGUCGGUGGUACCGGCUGAGGUCGGCGGCGUUCGCUGUGGUUAAUCGUCGAUGGCACCUACUGCGGUCGACGGUACCUCGGACUACCUUACCUAACCGCGACAGCUCCUUACUGAUGUACUCCUAUGCACUGUACACUAUGCAGCAAUAAUGUGGUACGAGCGGGCUUAUGUAGAAGCCGGUUCGACGAGGCUCGGGAGCCUUUUAUUUAGCUUGAUAUACGGGUUGUGUGGAUGGAUCGCGGUGUUUGUCGUGUGCAAUACGGUGGUAAGUACGGG